CUGUCACUUAUUAAUUUGACUGCAGAACGUGACCUAACCUCAAAUUUUUACUUUUCCGUUUAUUGGUGUAAUUCCGCAAAAUUUUGUAUUAAAAUGAGUGUCCCUCUUCCGCCACAGGUUGACGCGGAUAAUUUAGAUCCAGAGCAUGUUAAAACCUUUAAAGAUUUCCUAUUAUCUUAUAAUCGGUUAACAGAGUUAUGUUUUACUGAUUGUAUAUCAGAUUUCACUACGCGGAAUGUUAAGGGUAAAGAGGAGAAAUGUGUUUUAAAUUGUUUAGAAAAAUUUUUAAAAGCUAAUCAAAGGAUUUCUCAAAGAUUCCAAGAAUUUCAAAUGAUUGCGAAUGAAAAUGCUUUGGCUGCGGCGCAGAAAAUAGGUCAAACACCUAGCUGAAGAAAAUAAACGGGGUUUUUAGUGGAAAGUGUAUUAAAAAUUCCUUAGUUAUUGUAUUUUUUGUUGUUGCGUAUUGUUUCUAAAUAAAUAAUUUCAUUUGUGGA